GCCAUUAUGAUGAUCAGUUUAUGGCAAUUCUUAUGCCCACAUUUCCAAUUGGAAUACCACAAUACCGUGGUACAAUCGCUCGAAUUGCACGCACGGAAUUCGCGCGGCCGGCCGAGUGAUACAUUGUGCGUGAGUAUUGUGCUGCUAGAUGUGGUUGAGAGACGGCUUUGACCGGUCGGCACUGUUUUGGGAGGAAUUGUAUUGUACCCAAAAUACAAUUAUCUGAAGGACGGGGGAGCUUUGAGAUCCUCUUUACCCCCAGUUGGAUGAAGAGGAGGCUGGCUGGUGCAAGAUGUGGACCAUAAAGCUUCUGCGUUUCAAUCAGGUUCCUUCCGACUUUCACGAGCCCUUCAUCAUAUCGGGGUACCGCUCGUGCCGUAGCAGCGUCGCAUCUUGCCUAGUCAGCGCCAUCCAGGGAUCCAAUGAGACCAUCAACUUCUGGACCCAUUUCAUCCCCGCUAUGUGGUUUGGCUGGACCACCCUGCGUCAGGUGACCGAUGGGACGGUCAUCGAGGAUCCUUUCUCCUGGCCUCUCAUCUGCUUCCUCCUCUCGUCCUUCCUGUACCUGAUUGCCAGCUCCAUGGCACACUUGUUCAACUGCAUCUCCUUGCCUGCGCGAUACGUCACUUUCUUCUUUGACUACGGAGCCAUAAGCAUCUACAGUUUUGGAUGCAGCAUAGCUUACUAUGCAUACGUUUUCCCCCCGGAGCUUCUCCUCACCGUAUUCCAUCAGGUAUAUCUUGUGGUGGCCAUGUGUGCUGCGGUGAUGUGCACAUUCCUCGCCUGUUACAGCCGCUUCUCUUCCAACCACUUCUUGUAUCACUCGGGACGCUUACCAGCGUUUAUGAUCCCCUACAUAUGGUGCAGUCUUCCUCUGUUUUACCGAUUACUCUUCUGCACUGAACCCAAUCCUGAUUCCAAUGCUGCACUCUUUCAUGUCCGACACAUCCUCGGAGCCGUAGCAACCUCUUUCGUCUACGCUAGCCGCUUCCCGGAGAUUCUAGCCCCCGGGUUCUUUGAUUUCAUCGGGCAAAGCCACCAGCUGUUCCACAUCGGAGGCGUGUUCGCAACGUAUAUGCAGUAUCGCGCCCUUUCGCUUGACAUGUCCGAACGUCACCAGUUCCUGGUUGAGGCAGUUGGGCUUCCGACGGUGGGGAAUACUCAGAGAGCUUUUCUGGUGGUUUUGACGUUGAACCUGCUGAUCAUCUCGGCCUACUCUCAUUGGGUAUCGCAACCAAAGUCACUUGAUAUGGUAAGGCAGCGGUUAGAGAAAGAGAAAAAGGGGUGUGGUUGCAGUUGUGAUUAACAAGGUAUUUCGUAACCUGACUCCUUUUUUUUCUGAAAUAUGAGAUGGUGUAUAGGCUGAAAUAUCUCUUGAGAUUCUUGCAUUUUAUGUGUUUUAGGUGUAUUUACCUUCUCAGGUCAGCUGUCGAUUAUUUAAAAACUUUAUUUUUUGUAUUUGUGUGAGCGUUUAAAUGUAUUCAUCUGUGUGUAGGGUAUUUCAGAUUUUUAAAAAAUGCAAGUUUGUGAAUGGAUGUAUGGUUGGUCUCUAUCAGGGAAUUAUUUUAAGACCAUCCAUGUUUUUCAAUCCUUUGCAAACAAAUAUCCUACUACAUACGUUAUUCAUGCACUAACUAUUUAUGUAGGGGAAAGAUGAGGCUGGAUUUCAUGGCAGUUUUGAUGACCAAAAUACAUGAAGGUCAUGGGCAGGCAUGGAUCCAGCGGGAUACAAUAAAAAUGAAAUUGAAAAAAUAAAUACAAUUU